AGUUGUUGGCUGGAUCAAUAUAAUGCCAUCGGCUAGACGGGGGCCGCCAGGAAGGGCCAAGGAGGCGAAUCCUCUACUUGGAGACCUUCCUAAGGAUUCAGCCAAGGCUUGGGAAAUCGAUAUUGUAGAGUGUUUGGAGAAGCUGAAGGUAGAGCUGUUUGAGGAUGAUGAUGAUGAGGAUGGAGAAAAUGAUAAUCCCCAUCCCAUCAACUUUGCCCAGGCAGCCAUCGGCCUAUACCAUAGUGCUGCUGUAUAUGCUAGGAAGAUUGAUAGCCUAUAUCUCAAAAUGUAUGAGACUAUGGAGCUUCUUGGUCGAGGGGUUGGGCAAAAAGAACGGAGGAAGAAUGCAAGGGAGGCCCGAAAGAUACGGAAGAAGCUGGGGAUCUUUGAUGAUGGGGAUGGCUGUGAGCUCCUAGACUCUAAGAUUACGCGUGCACCAGAGGGUCAAUUGAAUAUGUUGAAAGCUGGCAAUAAGAUGAAUACUAAUCAUAGCUUUGUCCAUCGUGUACCGCUCUUCUUGGUACCACGAGAAGAGGGAGAUCGGAAGAGGCCUGAGUAUAAGGUUAGCUCCUGUACUGUGAAUCCUUAUAAUAUGGCCGUGCUACUGCCGGACUUAGAAGGGAGAUGUUAUACCAAUCAGGAGGAGUAUCUCAUAUUACAGGAACAUUCUGGGAAUCCUCGUGAUGGAGCAGAAGAUGCAGCCCCUCUACCACCCCCACCAACCCAAGCCGUUAUUGAGGCCCCUGGUAUAUCCCCAGGCGACAGUCAUGAAGAUGAUAAUCUCCCUCAAGAGGGAUACUCAUCUA